AUUUUAUAUUUGCACUGAGACAGGAGUUAGAACCAGAAACAUAGAUGGAACAAGAAACAUGUUUGAACGAUGCUUUGAUGCUCAUUUUCUUACUUCUGAACUUGCUUUUAGGAGUGAUGAGUGGUAACUAUAGAAGAGACGAUUUCCCUGCUGAUUUCGUUUUUGGAUCUGCCACUUCUGCUUAUCAGGUGGAAGGUGCUGCUAAUGAAGACGGAAGAACUCCUAGCAUCUGGGAUACCUAUGCCCAUGCUGUGUAUGGGCCUGUAGAAAAUGGAGAUGUAGCCUGUGAUGGGUACCACAAAUAUAAGGAAGAUGUGCAACUCAUGGUGGAAACAGGCCUUGAAGCCUAUAGAUUUUCCAUUUCUUGGUCGAGACUUAUACCAAAUGGUAGAGGACCCGUCAAUCCCAAGGGAUUGCAGUUUUACAACAAUCUCAUCAAUGAACUCAUUAGCAAAGGAAUCCAACCACAUGUCACACUACACAACUUUGAUCUACCACAGGCACUUGAGGAUGAAUAUGGAGGAUGGGUUAGUCGUGAUAUCAUAAGAGACUUCACACACUAUGCGGAUGUGUGUUUUAGAGAGUUUGGUGACAGAGUCUUGUAUUGGAUUACUGUGAACGAACCCAAUGUUUUCGGACAAGGUGGUUAUGAUCAGGGAACUACCCCACCCCAACGAUGUUCUCCCCCAUUUUGUGCGAUUAAGAGCAAAAGGGGCAACUCAACAUAUGAGCCUUACUUGGCAGUUCAUAAUAUUUUGUUAGCGCAUUCUUCAGCUAUGAGAUUAUACAGGAGAAAAUACAAGGGCAAACAACAUGGAUUUGUUGGUAUCUCUGUGUAUACAUUGCGGUUCCUUCCUCUGAAAAAUACAGAGGAAGACAAGGCAGCAUCUCAAAGAGCCCAUGAUUUUUUUGUCGGUUGGAUUAUGGAUCCCUUGGUGCAUGGAGACUAUCCCAUUUCCAUGAAGGAAAAUGCAGGUGCAAGAAUUCCGUCCUUCACAGAUCGUGAAUCUGAACAAGUUAAGGGUUCAUAUGACUUUAUAGGUGUAAUUUUCUACAACAGUGUUAAUGUCACAGACAAUCCUGAUGCCCUGAAGACAAGACCGAGAGAUUUCAGUCUAGACAUGGCUGUACAGAUAAUCUUUUUACAGGAUCUAUUUUCAGAGGAAGAGUAUCCUGUCACACCAUGGAGUUUACGGGAAGAGCUUAAUAAUCUCAAGCUCCUCUAUGGCAAUCCUCCCAUAUUCAUUGUUGAAAAUGGUCAACGGACAGUGAGCAAUUCAUCACUCCAAGACGUGUCAAGGGUGAAAUACUUGCAUGGAUUCAUUGGAGGCGUGCUUGAUGCCAUGAGAGAUGGAUCAAACAUAAAGGGGUAUUUUGCAUGGUCUUUUAUGGAUCUUUUCGAAUUGCUGUCCGGAUAUAAUUCGAGCUUCGGCCUAUACUAUGUUGAUCGGAAUGAUCCAGAGUUGAAGAGAUACCCAAAGUUAUCUGCAAAAUGGUACAGCUGGUUCUUGAGGGGGGGAAGCAACCCUAUAGUUGGAACUGUUGAACUGGAGAAGGAUGCAUCACUUCUUUCUGUUGGCCAUUUAUUUCAGUAGGCUCUGUAAUUUAAGUUUGUUUUCACCAGCUGUGCUUGACUUUCGGCCUUUAUAAGAAUAAUAAGUAAAUUAACAACUUCGGAUCUUAUUUUUUUCACUUGUUCAUAGGUGGAAGUUUGUUAUUUGGAAAAAACUGCUGUGUUAAUGUAAUAUUUUAAAUAGCAUUUG